GAUAACAGAAGCGAGUGUCUGUCGCCAAAACAUCAACAAGGACUGAACAAUUGGGUACUCCUAGGAGUCGCCGGUAAACGUGUGUGUGGUACAGUAAGAUUGUGAUGAAAAAUGAGGAUUCAAACCAGACUAUAUACAAAAUGCCAAAACUUGCUGAGGCAUUAUAGUAAUUUCCAGUAUAAGCCACAUCUUGUUAGAGAUCAUUGGGAGCCAGUAGUUGGAUUGGAGAUCCAUGCACAGAUCUCAUCAGCAACCAAGUUAUUCUCCCGUGUUAGUACCAGAUAUGGGGCUCCUCCAAAUACUCAAGUUGGUAUAUUCGAAUCUGCUCAUCCCGGAACCUUACCAGUACUGAACAGGAGAUGUGUUGAAGCAGGGGUAAAGACAGCUUUGGCCUUUGGAUGUACUGUCAACAAAUGGUCUGCCUUUGAUCGAAAGCAUUACUUUUACCCUGAUCUUCCAGGUACUGUGGAUCUAAAUCGAGCAGGCCAACCAUUGAUGGAACUUGUGUUUGCACCUGGACUGCAUAAUGGGGAAGAAGCUGUUGCCAUGGUCAAAGAGGUUGCCUUAAUUCUUACUAGAAUAGGCACUUGUAACUGUCGGAUGCAUGAGGGAUCUCUUCGAGUGGAUGCAAACAUUUCAGUUCACAGACCUGAUGAACCUUUGGGAACCAGGACUGAAGUGAAGAAUCUGAAUUCCAUUCGGUCUUUGUCGAAAGCAGUUGACUUUGAAAUUCAACGCCAAAUAAAUAUUUUGGAAUCUGGUGGAAGAAUAAUCAAUGAAACACGAAGCUUUGAUACACUCUCCAAUGAAACCAUUAGCAUGAGAGAUAAAGAAGUCACUCAGGAUUACCGCUUCAUGCCUGAACCAAACCUGCUUCCACUCCGUCUUCAUGAUUCCUUAGAACCCACCUGCCAGUAUGAUGGAUCUCUUGAUAUUAAUGACGUUCGUGCCACAAUGCCAGAGCUACCUGAAGCUACUAGACAAAGAUUGAUGAGUGAUUAUGAAGUCACUCUAGAGAAUGCUAUUUUGCUUGUAAAUAACGGUGAUCUUCUAGACUACUAUAUGGCAGCAAUGGCAGUCUCUAACCGCAGCUCCCGUCUAGUUUGCAACCUUUUGCUUAAUAACUUGAUGGGAUUUCUAAAUAGCAUCAAUGCAGACAUAAAAGAUAGUCCUCUUUCAGCAUCAGCCUUUGGAGAAAUUGUUGACCUACAGCAGAGUGGCCAGAUCUCAAAUACUGUAUCCAACCUGGUGAUGAAUGCCAUAUGUAUUGAAGGAGACCUGCGAGCUCCUACUCAGAUUGUGAUUGAUAAUAACUGGUUCCAGCUCUCGGCUGAAGAUGCCCUGGAAGAGAUUGUUGAUAAGGUUUUGAGUGAAAAUGGACAGCUGAUUGAAAAAUACAAAAAGAGCAAGAAGAAGAAGAAACUGUUUAAUGUCAUAGUUCAAAGAAUUAAGGAUGCAUCAGAAAACAGAGCUAAUAUGAAAAUAAUAAGUGAUAUUGUCCUGAAGAAGUUAGGCUCCUAGGCAUAUUUUCAUUUAAGGAUGCAUCUUCACAUUCAGGGAAGGCUAUGUUUAAAGUAUAUUUUAUAUUGUUGGUUGAUCAAUUUUUAAAGGAGUACAGGUAUAUAAGUAACAAUAAGUACCAGGUAGCUAAUAUUUUCUUUUAAGCCAAAUCCCCAAAAUCAUUAUUGCAAUCAUUUAUUUGGUAUUAUUGGAAAACUGAAAUAGGUUUCAAUUGUUGGAAUUACUAAAUAAUUAGCAUCUUAUUAAUUUAACAAAUUAUUAUUUUUCAAUUAAUAAUUUUUAAUAUUUUAUAACUUUAAAAAAUAUGAAAAACAUGGAAUAUUUAGAAUGUAGAAAAACUGGUGACAGUAAUUGUACUAGUCAUUAUUCUAUGCAUUUUGUAAAAAUGUCAUCAAAAUUAAAUUACUGUACUAAUACACUUGUGAAACAAAUUUAUCCAAAAAAUGCAA